UCGUGAAGCGCGUGGAAGAGAGACCUUAUAAGAACACAGCUGAGCGGUCUUCCUAUUAAAUCGGAUUUUUUUUUUGUUUAAAUUUUAGACUGAUUUCAGCAGUUUAAAAGUAAUUGAUCGGUAUAGCGUUUAUUUUUGUAUUUCCGACUUUGGGUUAUAGGCGUGAAGCCGAAUUUAUUCCGUGUAGUUUUUAAAUUUAUUUGCUUAAUUUUGAAAUCCGUAGCGCGCGCACACUAAACGUUAGGCGCGCGCGCUGUUUGCAGGAAGGGGAAAAAGAAGAGAAGCUUACGACCAUCAGUCUUUUAACGUGGAAUGAGCUUCCAUUCAUCCCUCCUGUCCGUUGCACAAUGGAUGUCCGUUCCGUCUGCCUAAUCGGCCAAACUAAAACGCAUUGUAGCAGCACUAGUAUAUUCAGAGGAUAGCAAUAGCCCCCUCACGCCACCCUCUCCCUUGGCGUUACGCACCAGUUUACAACUUGCAGCAGUGCAGAUUCUCUCACUAGUGUCUGGAUUUGCUCUAAAUUGCUGUAUUAGCAGAGGGCGGUUUGGGGAAUAUCCGAAAAAACAAACACGAAAAAAAAAUCUUUAGAAACACUAGUACCUCAGUUUAUUUAAACAAUUCUAGCUUGCUGCUUAUUAAAACAAGGGCCUCUAUUAUUCAGUUUAUUUUUGUUAUUUACCCUGUAAGAUUGUGACGCUGUUUUAAACUUGAAAGAGAAGAAUCGAAUAGCUAUUGCACACGAUGGUGUCGACAACGUUAGCUACGGUAACACUGAUGAGCACCGUCGUGGCGCUAGCCGCGCAGGGCCCGUUGACCGACUACUUGUGGCUCCUGAUCGUCGGUUUCAUCAUAGCCUUCAUCUUGGCCUUUUCCGUGGGCGCUAACGACGUCGCCAACUCGUUCGGCACGGCCGUGGGCUCCGGCGUGGUCACUCUGAAGGUCGCGUGCAUCCUUGCUACCGUGUUCGAGACCCUGGGAUCGGUGCUACUUGGAGCCAAAGUCAGCGAGACGAUACGGAAAGGGAUCAUCGAUGUGAACAUGUACAACGGCUCGGAGCACGUUCUCAUGGCCGGCUCGGUCAGCGCUAUGUUUGGUUCUGCUGUGUGGCAGUUGGUGGCUUCUUUCCUCAAACUGCCCAUUUCUGGGACGCACUGCAUCGUGGGAGCUACUAUCGGCUAUUCACUGGUGGCGAAAGGCCAACAGGGAGUCCGAUGGCUUGAGCUUCUGCGAAUCGUUGCGUCUUGGUUCCUCUCCCCGCUCCUCUCUGGCUUGAUGUCUGCUGUUCUCUUCUACUUUGUCCGCAUGUUUAUCUUGCAGAAGAAGGAUCCGGUUCCCAACGGACUCAGGGCGUUGCCUGUCUUCUAUGCUGUCACUAUGGGAAUCAACCUGUUCUCCAUCAUGUUUACAGGCGCACCGAUGCUGGGAUUUGAUAAACUGCCCUGGUGGGGAGCCCUUCUCAUCUCUCUCGGAUGUGCCAUCCUCAUUGGACUCAUCGUCUGGUUUGCCGUCUGCCCCUUCCUCAAGAAGAAGAUCGAACGUGAGCUCAAGUCUUCCAGCCCCUCAGAGAGCCCCCUAAUGGAGAAGAGGGAGAUGACAGAGACGCACGGUCCCAUCCUCAAAUCUGUUCCUCUGGAGACCACGCCUACCCCGUCCCCCAGCACACCUCCAAUGCCAGCUCCUUGUGAAGAACGCAGGGUCACCUUUGACAUCGGAGACUCGGACGACGCCGAACCUAAAGAGGGCGAAAUCAGCAACGGGAGCGCACCCAAAUCGGUGCACGUUCAAUUCAGCAACGGCCCCACCCACGCCCCCAGCAACGGCUACAGUCAGUACCACACUGUCCACAAAGACUCGGGUCUCUACAAGGACCUGCUGCACAAGCUGCACCUGGCCAAAGUGGGCGACUGCAUGGGCGAGGGCGGAGACCGGCCCAUCCGCCGCAACAACAGCUACACUUCCUACACCAUGGCCAUCAUCGGCCUCCAUGGCGAGUUCAAGCCCCGAGACUCUGAUUUCCGCGCAUCUGUGGACGGAGACAAGGUGCUGGAGCGCAAGAGGGUCCGCAUGGACAGCUACACAAGCUACUGCAACGCCGUGGCUGAGCACGGCACCCCCGAAGAUGGCCUCGGGGACGGAGAAGUGAACCUGGAGAUGCCCGAGGAGGACCGAGGAAGCAACAGCAGCUCGAUAGAGGAGGACAGAGCCGAUGCGGAUAAACCGGAAGUUUCCACACUGUUCCAGUUCCUGCAGAUUCUCACCGCCUGCUUUGGCUCCUUCGCUCACGGUGGAAAUGAUGUCAGUAAUGCUAUCGGUCCGUUGGUGGCGCUGUGGCUGGUUUAUCAGAGUGGUUCUGUGGAGUCCACUGCUCCGACCCCUCUCUGGCUGCUGCUGUAUGGCGGAGUGGGCAUCUGCAUCGGGCUGUGGGUUUGGGGCCGCAGAGUCAUCCAGACCAUGGGCAAAGACCUCACUCCAAUCACCCCCUCCAGCGGGUUCAGCAUCGAGCUGGCUUCAGCAGUCACUGUGGUCGUCGCCUCCAACAUCGGCCUGCCCAUCUCCACCACCCACUGCAAGGUGGGUUCUGUGGUAGCCGUGGGUUGGUUGCGUUCCCGGAAAGCUGUGGAUUGGCGUCUUUUCCGCAACAUCUUCAUGGCCUGGUUCGUGACCGUGCCCAUCUCCGGUCUCAUCAGCGCCGCCAUCAUGGCUCUCUUCACCUACGUCAUUUUAUAAAGCCUCCGACCCUCAGAGCCUGCUGUAGUGUAGCUUCCGCCGUUCGCAGCUAAGAACGCAAGAGAGCUGGCUGUCCUACCUUCUCUCACCGCCUCGCUAAACUCAUAGCUCCAAUUUCCAUCUUUAAUGGGGCUGAGGAAUAUCAUUUAGUUUCGUUUUUUCUAACUAAGGCUUGUGUUUCUUAGCUUGCGGCAUGCGUUGACAAUUCAUCCAUGCGUUCUGUGUGUGUGUGUGUGUGCGUGCGCGCGCGUGCACACAUGCCUACCAGGGUUCACAUGCCAAGGGAGCAUGGGGGGGGAAUAUUUUCUUCAUAUUUUUUCAUUUCCUUUUUCAUUUUCUAAAUAGAUGAAUUGUUGCCAUGUAUACAUACAUACUCGUUUUUUAUUUGAUUUUUUUUUUUUUGUAAAUAGGUGACCAAAAGAAUUUUUUUUUAAAAAUGUAAUUAUGUGUAUAUAUAACUAUUAAAAAAAAAUUCUCCUCCAGUUGAUGGUGGGGGGUGAAAAAGAACAAUUGCAGUGCAGUAUUAUUAGCCUUCCUCUCACACCUCGUCACGAAUCAUUCCCUGAGGCAGUGUUUAGAUGUAAACGAGGUCAACAGUCUGUUUGGAUUUUCUUUCCAUUCCUUAUAAUGAUCUGUCGAGUAUCUGUGAGAAGUGCUCGUGCAGGUCCUGACACGUCCCUCGCUAACAUUUCACGUACGACGAAUCACCCAUACCAAGCGUUAUGACGAUUUUUGAAAAAAUUGUUGUUUUGUGUGUGGGUUUUUUUUUUUUUUUUUUUUUUUUUUUUUUAAAAUAAAGUUUCAGUCAUUGGUUUUCAGCCAAAUGCACCGACUCGUGUAGAUUAUAUAUAUAUUUUCCUCAUUCCUCCGGUUUACUUAAUUGAUUUCUCAUACGUUGGAUCUAGAAAUGCACUGAUCUCCCCCCACGGCCCCCUUUUUCCUAUUUUCCAUUCGAAAAAUAAUACAGUGCUGGAAAAUAUGAGCUUGUAAUAUAAUAUCCGUCUUGCACUAAAUUACGUCGUCUGUACUGUCCUAACACAGAUCGGCUCCGUUGUUACUUUGCAGCAGAGAUGAAAGGAUUUUACGUUGGAGUAGUUUCUUUUGUAAAAUGUAAAAACAUUUUGUCCACGUUGAUGUCUAAACGUCGCAUUACUGUUUCACUGGAAUUUACGUGAUUUUUAAAAAAAAUUUAUUUUAUUUUACAUCAUCCUACCUUUCAAUACAAUCUGUUAGGUGAUGAAAUAAUUGCGAAAGCUGUUGGAUCAGUUCGGAUCUUGAAGACGUGUAACCAGACUGCCAGAGGCUUCGCACAUGACCGGUCUGAUUUAAAGCAGACUUUUCAUAAUGACCUCGACGUGCAGAGGGAGACGCUGACGUACACUUCAUUUUAUUUCAUACUGAUAUCGCUCAGAAUGAAUGCGGGACCACGGAACACGCGCUAGCCGUGAGGCAUCGUGUCGAUGUCGUAACUAGAGCUGAGGCGACGCGAGGGAUGAUAUCUUUACAUAGUAUUAAACAGAAGGUGAAAUUAGCCCCGCCUUAUUCCAUGUCAAAGUUUGCUUUGAUUAACAAGCGAUAUUCAUUUCUACCCCUCAGGAUUGCUCUGAUUCAGACACUCUCACGAAACACAAUAAAACUAGCAACAAUACUGAAACGUCGAUUUUAAAUGAAUAUUUAAAUUCCAUUGAAGUUUUUGGCUCUGCUAAAAAUAGUCAUAACUAUUUAUGUAAAUGAGACCGAGACGGAAAAGGGGCGUUUCAUGUUAAUCAGGAUUUUGGUUAACACUUGGUGACGGUAGCUUCAGGACCAGUGUGUAAACUCUCAUCGAAAGUAAAACAUGGAAAAAGUUCAACUUCUUUUUCAUUUAUUAUUAUUAUUAUUAUUAUUAUUCAUGCUGCAAACACGACAUUAACAUUCUCCUGUAAAACUUGAUAGCAUCCGAUCAGGCGGUGCAGCGCUUCUUGUUAGCAUCACAUGCUAAUCCUGCUAAGCUUCAGCUUGAAUGUUUAAACCUGUUUAGAAAUCAGAUGACUGCUGUUCUUUGCUAAAGGUGUGUGUGUGUGUGUGUGUGUGUGUGUGUGUGUGUGUGUGUAUACAGCAGGCCAGGAUUAGUUACGAGAAGCUGCUUUUUAAAGGAAUAGACACGCCACACAAAGUGAUUAGCAUGCUGAAAUUCGCAACAUACUAAUCAAUGAGAUGUUUGACAUUUUUGGUGUGGUUUUUUCUUUUAAACAGGGGUGUUUAGGCAUUCUGAUGAAGCAAGGAGCUCCAGCUGGAGUUUUUUCCUUAUUAUUAUUAUUAUUAUUAUUAUUGUUAUUAUUGUUAUUAUUGUUAUUAGCACCCCCUGUUGGAUUGAUGGUGGCCGUGCAGUUACUGCUGUAAAACCUGCGUUAGUGAGCGAGUGGCGAUUUCGCUGCUGUGUUUUGACCUUUUUAGAUUUGCUGUAGUUGCCUUAACGUUUCUUUAUUUUUUAAUUUUUAAUUUUUUUUUUAGGUACCAAAGAAACUAUUGUGUGUAAUCAUUGUAAACAUAUACUCUUUUUGUCAUUCACUCACACACACACAAAAAAUGAGAUUGAGGAGGGGGGAAAAUAAACAAGGUUUUUUGGGGGA